AUGAUCACCAAGCUUCCAGUGGAUUUGGCCGAAGAGAUCCUCUCUAGGGUUCCAUUGAAACACAUGAGAGCAGUGAAAUUAACUUGCAAAAAGUGGAACGCUUUAUCCAAAACUCUUAGCUUUAGGAAGCUGCACAUUGGUAAAGCAUCAGAUACAACAAAGGAAGGUGAGUCUCAGAUGAUCGUGAUGAUGGAUUACAAUCUUUAUCUGAUGAGCGUCGUCGUCAACGACGUUGAUCCAUAUACACAGCUUAAAGGCAAACUUACUUGCCUUGACGAACAAGUCAAGAUAUCUCAAGUCUUUCACUGUGAGGGUUUAUUGUUAUGCAUCUUGAAAGACGAUAUUACUAGGUACGUGGUUUGGAAUCCGUAUUGUGGGCAAACAAGGUGGAUCAAGCCCAGAUUUUCUUACCCUCCAAGAAAAGGGCACAGUUUCAAUUAUGCUCUCGGAUAUGAGAAUAAGAAAUAUUGUCGUAGCCAUAAAUUCUUGAGGUUCAUAGAGCAUUACGUGGAUGGACCCGACAAACUGUGGUGUGAGAUAUACAACUUUGACUAUGACUUAUGGAAGAAUCUUGACGCUAAUCCAAACUGGCGUAUAGAGUCUCGUGACAAAGGCGUUUCUCUCAAGGGAAACACUUAUUGGUGUGUUAGAGAAAAGAAUUCAGGGUUUCUUGGAAAAGAUUACAUAAUAUGUUUUGAUUUUACAAGAGAGAGAUUUGGGCCGCUUCUGCCUCUACCGUUUAAAUAUAGUGAUAAUUGUCUGGUGGCUCUAUCUAGUGUUGGAGAAGAGAAGCUUGUAGUUUUCCCUAACCGAAAAUAUGAACAUAUUGAGAUUUGGAUUACGACUAAGAUUGAAGUCGGCAAUAUGUCUUGGAGCAGGUUCUUGACAGUGGACGUUGGAUCAUACACUUACAUUCCUUUUACACUUCUUUUUGGGAGUGACGACGGUUACGAGAGUUUAAUCAUCGACGAGGUGAAGAAAGUGGCCUUUGUUAUUGAUAAAUGCUUCAAAUCCAACAGAGUUGACAUUAUUGGAGAGGCUGGAUAUGUCAGAUUUAGUCAAGUCGAUCUCGUUGAACCUACCGACAUAUAUAUAAAAUGUCAGCCACAGGUGUACUCUUAUGUUCCAAGUCCAGUGCAAAUCUAG